GAAGUGAUUCGUUAAACCAAAACAUCACGAAGUCGUUUCAAUAAGAUGCAUACAUAUCACAGUUGUUUUGAUCAAACGGGCCUCUGAGACGUAUGGUAAAAAAACCGGGUUCGAAAUAGGAAGUAGGACAACAUACAGGCAAAGGAUUAGCAGCGAGCCUAAACUGUGACGGUUGUCUGGAGCAACACGGUUAGUCAUCGCGGCUAUGGCGAUAGGGCGGUGUACUGUAGGCUUACUUGUCGUAUGUGUUGCACAAGACAUGACCAACGACUGUUCGUUUCAGCAAAUGUAUAAAACGAAGUUUACUAUAAAUGUAACAUGACCAACAAACGGUUAAAUGAAGCGUACGGAAGGAUAAUCAACAUAUCCCCUGCUGAUGAUAAUCCUGCAGCUACACAAAAAUAUUACAACGAAAAUUGGGAAACUUGGGAGAUUGACAUGAAAAGUAUGACGUACACCGCGGCUGAUGUUGCUGCACAAAAAGCAGCUUCGCUCGUAUCACGUGAACAAAUGGAACACUUCAAACUGUUAGAUCUUGGAGCAGGUACUGGACUUUCAGGUGUCGCCCUCCGCCGUGCUGGUUUUCCUGGUAAAAUAAGCGCGCUUGAUGGCUCACCUGGAAUGCUCAAGCUUGCAAUGGAGAAAAGUAUAUACAGCGAUGCAACCGAACACCUUCUAACUUCUUCAAACCCACUUCCGUAUCCGGAUCAGGCGUUCGACAUGGUUGUCAAUGUUGGUGGGUUUACAAUACAUCAUAUGGAACCAGAUUGUCUGGAGGAUGUUCUGCGGGUUUUGAAACCUCUUUCUUACCUAGUCGUCACAGUUAGAUUGCAUACCGGAGAGCACAAAGUUCGUUUUAACGGCGAACUUGAUCGUCUUGAAGCUGCUGGUUUGAUGAAGAAAUAUUCAAGAGAAACAUUCCUUCAAUACAAAUGGAAUGAAGUUUCAGAUGAUAAGUUCAAAGUGAACUAUGCAGAUCAAUAUGGCGAUUUGCUGGUGCUACAGAAGCCCGGCAAUAAUUAAAAUACUUGGGGAAAAAAUUAUAAUACUGUAUUGUGUAGCGGUAUAGUAAGAAUAAAAUAUUAACUGCAAUUAACAA